GCCCACACCCUGCAGGAGGCACACAUGCAGUGUCAGACGCAGCUCUGGACCACUCAUAGACAGACACAGGCACGUGUAGCUUUUGGACGCGGCACACCCUGCUCUACGCUAUCAUGUCUGACAAACCCAAUAUGAGAGAAAUCUCCAGCUUCGACAAGACUAAGCUGAAGAAGACGGAGACCAGAGUGAAGAACCCAUUGCCAACCAAAGAAACAAUCGACCAAGAGAGGAAACGAGAGCCAUCACCUUGACCAGAGGAAGAGAAGUGUUUCCGACCAGCUACUUUAAUUUGAUUCUCUGACCUCCAUCUGUCAAGAACCAUAACUAUGAAGGGAGAACAGGACCUUGACUUUUAUCACACUGGUGCUCAACGAAAUUGGAAAAUGAGGGGUAUUAGGAUUGGUUGCUACAGUCAGAGGAUGUUUUCGAAACACUUAUUGCUCAAUGUUUUUGUUUGUCUCUAAGUCAGAGUAAUAAAAGAUGACAAAAAGAGUUGUUCUAUCAUGUGAA